AUGGCCCAAUGGCCCUCAAGAUCACAGCUCCCUUUCCGGGCAGUUGUGCCCCUACAAAUCUCAAACCGAAUAAAUCACCUGUCUCGGCCUCAAAUCAGACCCUACUAUGACGAGCCUUCCACCCCCUCACACCUGGACGCCAUCUACCGCGACCCCAAGUACUCGCGCAUCCUCCGCAAAGUCUACGGCGCGCCCUUCCAAAGCCUCGCCAAGCCGCGAAUAGACGAGUGGUUUGCUUAUUGCCUCCAACGUACUUUCCCCUCCUCCGGAACACAAAUGACCAUCCAGGACCGCACCCGCGCCAAACACGAAUGGGCCCAAGAAGUCCUCCACCUGCGCGAACCCUACAACCGCACGCCCUGGCGGUGGGACUCGCUCAGUCAGCGGUCCGAGCCGCCAGCGGGUAUGCGGCAACCUGGGGAGCCAGUCGCAGAUUUUCUGGACAGACUGCCGCCGGUUCCGGGGCCGAAAAUGGGCGGGAAGAAUGACCGGUUUGUGCCGCGGUGGUAUGUAGUUGAGAACCCCAAUCGGGAGGCGUACUAUGUAAAGGGGUAUUUGGAUCAUGGGAAGGCGCAUGAGCCGCAUCGGUUUGGGCUUUGGAUUGCGAAUCUGAGGAAUGCGUACAUGGCUUUUUUUGAGCAGGUGGCGUAUAAGAGGAGGAUUGGGAGGAUGAGUGAGGAGAGGUAUCGGGAGGAACUGAGGGAGUUUAUUGGGAGGAAGGCGAGGCAAUUUAGGCUGUGGAUGAUUUCCGUCCCAACAUCUGAAGCGACUAAAGUCUGGUCGGAAAUAGCCCAAGCAACCGACCUCAACAUCCUCGGCACCUCCGCCCGGAUCGCCACCUCUUCCCUCAUAGACUACCCGAACCACCGGCUAAUUGCCGUCCAGACGGUCGACUUCUCCGACCACGAAGACGUCGAACGCGUCCUUCGCCGCCUCGAAGGCAUGGGCAUUGUAGACCGCACCAGCACACUACCCAUCAGCUAUCAAACAGAAGCAUAUUACUAUCUUGGUAUAGGACCCAACAACAUCCACCAUCUACCUACAGCCUUUUACACCAGUGAGCAGUUCUUCAAUGAUGGUCUGAGAUCCAAUCUAAGACGGGGGCGGCCAGGGCAAAUUCUGGAUGAAUCCUUGCUUCGAGGAAGCGACGAAUUGCAGAGGAAGCAGCAGGAGGAGCAAGAGGAGCAGGAGGAAAUUGCGGACUUUGGCCGGAUCUGGAAUCAGGAGCCCGAGGAGAAGAAGCGGAUGUGGAUCCCGCCGCAAGUGAUGGUGCAGAGGGAUCCGAACGUGUUCCAGGAGCUGGAGAUCGCCAAGGCGGAGGCGGAGAGGGAAAGGACUGGGAAGAAGAAGGUGAAGAGGAUGACGAUGAAGGAGUGGGAGGAGAUGGAGGAUGAUAAUGAUCCGGUUGCGAUGGCGUUGAAUGCAAAGAGGGUUGAGUGA